AUGUCAUAUAAACCAAGCAUUUGCACCGUAUCCCUAGGACGGUGUUCUGCGGGCCACUCCCUCGAACAUAAGCUUGACAUGGCAAAGAAAUACGGAUUCCAAGCCAUCGAAUUAUUUUUCGAAGAUCUUGUGGAUCUGACAAAAUCAAUGCCAGGAGGUAACAAGCCGAGCAAUCAACUUGCCGCUGCAGCUGUGAUCCGCCAGCUUUGCGAUGACCGCAAUCUCUCGAUACUAUGUCUGCAGCCCUUUAUGCAUUAUGAGGGCCUCAUAGAUAGAGAAGCUCAUCAGCAAAGAUUGAAGGAGGCGAAGCUUUGGGUACACCUAGCACACAUUCUUGGAACAAACUUGAUCCUACUGCCGAGCAGCUUCCUCUCUCAUUCAGAAGUCUCGUCAGAUAUGGAUACUAUUGUCCAGGAUAUGGUUGAGAUUGCUGAAAUUGGCCUAAAAGCCAUCCCAACCAUCAGAUAUGCAUAUGAGGCAUUGUGUUGGGGCACACGAGUAGACACAUGGGAAGCCAGUUGGGACGUUGUGCGAAGAGUCAACAGGCCUAAUUUCGGCUUAUGCCUCGACACUUUUAAUAUUGCCGGUCGAAUUUAUGCAGACCCAUAUCUAUCCUCCGGCCGAACCGAGAAUUGCGAAGAAGCGAUUGAGGCUUCUCUACAUAAUAUGGCUGCCUACGUCGACCCACAAAAGCUAUUCCUUGUCCAGAUGGCAGACGCAGAAAAACUUGCCCAGCCACUUGAUAGCAAUCAUCCAUUCUAUAACAAAGAACAGCCACCACGCAUGAGCUGGUCUCGGAAUGCAAGAUUAUUUUAUGGAGAGAAUCAUCAUGGCGGAUAUCUACCUAUCAAACGGAUCUUGGACGUUAUUGUCCGCGAAAUUGGAUACCAAGGCUGGCUAAGCUUCGAAGUAUUUAAUAGAUUUUUGCUAGAUAAUGAUGAUGGAGUACCAGAAAUGAUGGCAAGAAGGGCGGCACAGUCAUGGAGACGGAUGAAGCGCGACCUGGGAUUUGAUCGAUCAUUUGAGGAGCACAAGGCUCAAGCUCUAUUGUGA